UGAAGCCACUCUGCUGGGUGAUGUUGGAUAUUGUCGCAGCUGAAUUGUGCGUUUUGGCACAAUCCCGUCAUAUUUAAAACGCUUGCGGACUUGUGCUGUGGGACGAAAAUAAGCAGUUUAAGUUCUCGGGACCGGUCAUGGCAAAGAAAUCAGAAAAACCCGAUUGGGUGGUUUUGUUUUCUACGACUAUAGCAAUACUUGUGUGGAUUCCCGUCAGCGCACAACCUUCCAGGACCUCGGAGCCUCUUGUGAUACCUCGAGUUGUUUCUCGGAUGUAUCUGAGUCCAGAUGAGCUCAGGAAACUCCGCUUUAAGCCCACCGUUGGCACCAUUCAGCUGUCAGAGGGCCAUGAAGCCAAACUGAACUGUUCCAUUGACAUUCCUGAUACCAGACUGGAGCCCGCCAUCCUGUGGGUGAAGGAUAGUAACGAGCUGUUGCCAAACAUCCAUGUGGUGAUGAAUGAGCUCCACUCCAUCACAGAUGGCGUAUCAACUCUCCUCUCCACUGUCAUCAUUAAACAUGUGCAGAGAGUGGAUGCUGGAGAGUAUCGAUGCCGACUGAGUAUCAGCAACAUGUUGGUAGAGUCUGAUCCGAUCAGCAUUCAGGUAGAAGCACAACCUUCCAGGACCUCGGAGCUUCUUGUGAUACCUCGAGUUGUUUCUCGGAUGUAUCUGAGUCCAGAUGAGCUCAGGAAACUCCGCUUUAAGCCCACCGUUGGCACCAUUCAGCUGUCAGAGGGCCAUGAAGCCAAACUGAACUGUUCCAUUGACAUUCCUGAUACCAGACUGGAGCCCGCCAUCCUGUGGGUGAAGGAUAGUAACGAGCUGUUGCCAAACAUCCAUGUGGUGAUGAAUGAGCUCCACUCCAUCACAGAUGGGGUAUCAACUCUCCUCUCCACUGUCAUCAUUAAACAUGUGCAGAGAGUGGAUGCUGGAGAGUAUCGAUGCCGACUGAGUAUCAGUAACAUGUUGGUAGAGUCUGAUCCGAUCAGCAUUCAGGUAGAAGUUCGUCCCAGACCUCCUACUCAUGUUACUGUGACAGAGAGGCAGUCCAAUAAGCUGACGUUGAGCUGGACUCCUGGGCAUGAUGGCUUCUCUCCACUCACCACGUGCCAAAUCACAGUUAGAGAGGUCAGUCGGAGAGAAGGGGAAGUGACGACCACCAGAUUCAUCAACGUCACAGUGCCGCCUUUUCACAGCGAAGUCCCUGGACUGCAGGCUAUGACGAAGUACAACCUGAGUGUUUCCUGCAGUAAUGAACAGGGCGCCUCUCCAAACAGCAAGUGGGUCGAGAGCAACACCACAGGAGGUGUGUUGACGCUACAGGAACGAUUUAAAGGUUGAAUUAUAAUGCACACCAAGAAAACUUUAACAAUGCAAAGUAUUCCUAAAUGAAAUUAAACUCAUCCCAGCAUUUAAAACCCAGCAUAUAAAAAUGCUCGGUCUGUGUUUGUCUUACAAACGAUGAUGAUAUUUACAAUACAGGACCUGUGUGUUGUGCUCCUGCCUCCUUCCCAUCAUUCUUGUUUAGCUUUCAGGAGCACUGUGUAAUUAACUGACUACUUUACUAUCCAAAAUGUGCUUAAUGUAAGCCUGCUCACAGUUCCAAUGCAAUAAUAACUGGAAUUUUCAGCACUUGCACAACUACCUGACCUGCCCACAGCGAGCCCUGUUCAGAAAAUAAUUGGACAGUUGACUGACAAGGUGAUGCCUACUCCCUUGAUAUUUCGUGGCACAGGUUGAAUGCAUGGUUGAAUCUCAAUUCUAUAGCUUUUCACUGUUUAAAAAUGAGGCCCAAAUUACUGUAUGUGCAAAUGAAGGAGACAUGAUUUAAAUCAUGUUACAUUAUCAGUCAAACAUGGUGAAGGCAAUGUUAUGGCUGUAUAGCAAUGCAUGGCUGUCAGUGAGUCUGGAUCAGUGGUCUUUAUUGAUGAUCUAUCUGCUGAUAUAAGUAGCAGAAUGAACUGUUAAGUGUUCUUGGCUAUACUUUGCUCAUAUUCAACCAAAUGCUGCACAGCCAAUCAGACAGUGCUUCACAGUACAGAUGGAUAAUGACCCAAAGCACACUGCACAAGCAGAGAGAGUUUCUCAAGGGAAAAAAAUGGGAUAUUCUUCAAUGGCCAAAUCAGCUUCUCAGUUACUGAAGACAAAACUGAGAGACCCACAAACAAGGAGCAACUGAAGGCAGCUGCAGUAAAGGCCUGGCAGAGUAUGUCAAGGGAGGCAGUCAUUAAUUUUAAAGGAUUAAAGUAUUAAAACAUCCCUUGUAUUUAAGUUUAUGUUACUUUGUACAAUUACUUUUGAGCCUCUGAUUUUUGUUUUUGAAAAAAAAUUAAACUGGAAGUCUGUGCUUGAAUCUCAUCUUGAUUUUUUGAUUUAAAAUCCACUGUAGUGGUGCACAGGGACGAAACUACAUCUGUGUGUGUGUCCAGC